GUUUGGAUUCGCUAUUGUUUGGGGAAGUUCUUAUUUAAAUUUUAUUUGCUUUAUAUAAAUUUGCCAAGAAAGGGGCCGCAUUUUAUUCGGUGUCUGGUGGCAACGUUCUUUCAUUAUGCCGUCAUGAAUAACGGAACGAUCAUUUGAAAGGAAUGAAUAGAAAAAUGGAGACCAAAGUGGAAGUCCUUUUUCGUUCAACACCUUGCCGCGUUAAAUAAUGAAUGAAUUAAAAGCGAGUGUAUUCAUACAUAUACAUAUACAUACAAACGCAAACACACCCACGCAUAUUGAACUUUCCCCAGGAGGCGCCCAAAUGAGUUGACUCACAAGGACGUAACUACACACGCCAAUCUACACAUCUCUGCAUAAGUGUACACAUGCACAUAUACAUACGUACAUUGAUAUACAUAUGUAUGUAUGUAUAUACGCGUUGAAACCGUAUGAGGGCUCAAACAAAGGCGGUCGCUGACACAAUGGCGACAAAUGGAGUCGCUCUGGGCAACACAGAGAAUUACGAAAGUACUGUCGCUGCUCCUUUCUCUCUCACUGUCUCUGCUCCUUCAACAUUAGGUAGCACAACUUUAGUACGGGGGAACAGCAGUUGAAGACGCAGAAACAAUGCAUGCUAUUAGAGGAACACACAAGAACAGUAAAACAUACAAUUAAAGUGAUAAAAUAAAACAAUGGAGCGAGUUAACCGAAAUGUCAGUGAAGCGAGCCAAAGUCAAUAAAAUGUACAUACAUUUAUAUCUAUGCACCUAUGUAUAUGAAUAGUUGGACUUGUGUCGAAGAAACAUUAUAAGCAGUAAUAAAAAAAUUAAUCAUAAAAAGUUAUUCCGUAAAAAGGCUAAAGCCAACCGCAAUAAUAAAUCGUGAACGCGCGGUCACAACCAUAAAAGGCCAUAUACAACAGCCAAAAUUAAAUAUUAAAUACAACAACAACACCGGUCAAAACCGUUUAUUGAUUGUAAAAGUUUUUAAUUUGUUACUUGUAUCGUCUUUGUGCUUAUGUAUGUGAUGCUAGUGAAAGAAUAUCCGUUCAAAUACAAAGCCCAAUAUCUAAUCAAAGUAACCGCAUCUUAGUUAUAUAUGCGCAUGUGUGUGUGACCUUCGUUUGGACUAGGAUGAGUGUUUCAAAUUGGGCCAUCAAGUGCAACAACAACAAUGACGAGAAAAACACUGAUUUUGUAGCUUGAAAGCUGCUGUAGAAAUGACAAAACCUCCGAUACACAAUUUACGUCGAAGCCGAUACGAAAUCACAUAAAAAUUCUCAACAAGUUUAUUACUUUUAAAUCGUGUAGUGGUCCAACCCACAGCUUACAAAUUCAUAUUCAUAACAUACAGAUGUAUGUAAAAAAAAAAACAAUUUCGAAUAACUCGCUAAAGUGACACGCAUCGCGCUUGUAAAACACUCUGUGCCUGAACUAAGUAUCUAUAAAUAUUAAUAGACACCAGAGUCACAACAAAAGGCGUUCUCUAUAAACAUACGGAAACAGCAUUUAGCUGCAACAUAAACUGAUUUGAGUUUCACUACGGAGAUAUCAAAAGAUUAACUGGAAAUGACUAAAAUAUUAAGCCUCCAUUUGCCUUUAGCUCUUGCCACCAAACACAACACCAUUACUCCGUCACUCCAACAAGGACCUCUUUUUCCACACACUACCACUCCCACAACCAUAGCCACGCCAACAAACAAAUAUUCCCAGCGGAUCUGCACAAAAUGAUGGAUCGCAUCCCAUCAUUAUCGCUAUCAGGCAUAUCGCUCGCGCAUCCACUCUCGUUAUCCACAACAGGACAGCAACUGCAAAACCAUCUUAAUUCUGCAUCGGCGGUCACAUCGUCAACUAGUACAGGUGGGCACCAUCACCAGCAUCAUCAUCAUCAUCACCAUUUAGGUCAAUUAGCCGCGGUUGUUCAUCAACAGCAGCAACAACAGUUGCAACAGCAACAGCAGCAACAACAACAGCAUCAUCACCAACAAGCCCAUCUACAAGCACAUCACAACAAUCAUCAUCUAAGCCAUCACCAGCUAUCAUUGAAUUCGGCAUCCUCGACAAGCCACUCACCAACAUCUAGCAACUCAGCGUCUGCAUCGCUGCACCAUCAUCACACCUCACUAUUGGCGUCACACUCGGGCAUUCACACCUCACCAACUUCGUUGUCACACCAUCCACACAGCAGCAGCAGCAAUAAUCACGCCGCAUCGUCAUCCACGUCGCUUUUACUUCAUCAGUCAGCCUCAGCUUCGUCGUCGGCUGGUUCAGCCGGAUCAGGCAGCUCAGUGAGCUCAGGUGGUGGUUCUGUAGGAGUUUCAAGUUCGUCCGCACAUCAGCUGCAACACCACAGCUCAGCAGCGUUGCAUAGUCAGCAUCAAAAUUCGCUGCACCAUACCACCCACCAUCACACGCACAGUCACAUAAACGCGCACGUAACCGCCGUUUCGUCACCCGCUAACGCAACGAAUUCAGCCAGUACCGCAUCUGUAAUGGCCGCCGCCGCUGCACACCUGCACCACAAUGCGCAGGCGACUUCGCCGAUGACAAAUCUACACCAAAAUAUGGGUGGCCUGAUGAAUAGUGGCAGUAGCGCCAGCGACGUUUUCUUUAGUUUAAUGAUACAAAAUACAACGAAACGUCAAAACGAGGAACACAUCAAAAGACCAAUGAAUGCAUUCAUGGUUUGGUCUAGACUCCAGCGACGAAAAAUUGCACAGGAUAAUCCGAAAAUGCAUAACUCCGAAAUAUCGAAACGUUUAGGUGCCGAAUGGAAACUUCUAACCGAAGAUGAAAAACGCCCAUUUAUCGAUGAAGCAAAGCGACUACGUGCUAUGCACAUGAAAGAACAUCCCGACUACAAAUAUCGUCCCAGAAGAAAACCGAAAGCAUUGCGCCGAGAUGGUUACCCUUAUCCGAUGCCAUAUCCAUCAGUGCCCGUGGAGGCGUUACGUGCAGGUAUAACGCCAGGGUACUUUGCGCCAGGGCCAGCAGCAGCAUAUCACUUGGGCAGCCAUCUGACACAGACCAAUUCACCAGCAUCACAGACCGGCCAAAUGGAUGUACCGAAAUUCGCGUUAGAUCGCAGCUCGUACCUGAGCUCCGCAGCCACAGCUGGCACGCUGUACGAGACCUCGAAAGCAGCCCAAGCGAGUGCCGCCUACAGCGCUUACUUGGACCCCAGCGUCCUUACAAAGGCAUAUUUCGAUUCCAAAAUGUAUCAAGAUCGUGCUGCCAACUAUGCCUUUGACAUUUCGAAAAUCUACGGUGCCCAACAGCAUGGCACAUCGGCGGCUGCCGCUGCAGUGGCGCAUCAACAGCAACAGCAACACUUGCUCAAUGGUCUAGGUAUAGGCAGCUCACACCAGAAUAGUAGCAACAAUAAUAACAACCAUACAACAGCGAAUAACAAUCUGGACGAACGCGACAAUACACCGCAUUUAGAUAGCAGCAGUGGCGCCGGUGGUGGAGUUCCAAUUGGUGUGGCGGAUUCUAAGCCGCAUUUACACUCGCCAACGGACGCACAACUUGACUACUCACAAUACGCACAGUACGGGCAAGUCGGGGGAGCCGCUGUUGGUUUGGGUGGUGGCGUGGUUAGCAACGGCGGGUUGGGUGGCAUUGGCUCGGGUAGCGGACCCGGCGUAACUGGUGCUGGCGGCGAUUUUCGACGUCCGCUUACAGUCAUAUUUUGACCACCAUCCGUCGAGAGUGAGGAACUCAACCUGUCCAUGACGAACUAGAAUUGGAAAAAGUGAGGUUAUAAGCAUAAGAACAUAUAGUGAAUCAAAAAAAACGUGUACAGGGGAUGGUUUCAAACUUUUGAGAUGCAUCCAAAAGUGUUAAAAAUACUUUUUUAUAAAUUUUCAUAAUUUAAAAUGUUUUUAUUUCAUUGCCAUUGCAAUUAGUUAACAUAAAAUAAACUGACGAACAAUUUGUUUUGAUUAUUUAAAUGAAAUUUAUUUUUAAAGACACAGUUUUCCUCAAAAGAAUAUUAUAUACAUACAUAUAUCUAAAUUAACUCCAUUUUCCAAACAAAAAAAUUCUACAGUGUGCAUAGCUGGUCAUUUUAACACUCUUUAAGGAAUACUAAUACUUUGCAUUUGCUCCUUUGCCUUCUAUCAUAGUUUGUAAUAUUAGAUUCAUAGAAUGCACCAAAUUUUUUAAAAUCAGGAGAUGUAUUUGCUCAUAAUUCGGGUUGUUAUCCUGAAUGAAGUCGUAGCUACCAUUUAGGUUGAGUUUAGCUGGCGAUGAUGUCAAUUUAUUUUUUAAUAGUCCAUUCUUAAUAUAUUUUUUUCGAUGAAAAGAGUGUGAAAAGACUCUCCUAAUAAACUAAAUAAAAUUAAAAUUAAAUACUCAUCAGCCAAAAAUUACAGAAUCAGAAAAUUCUUUAUCUCGGUGUAUAUACUUUUUAUGGGCAACGUUUCGUAAUAUUUCUCUUCGCUAAUUGUGGCUUGUUUCGCAGUGUAUACGCUCUAGAAUCGGCCGAAAGCAAGAAGUUCCAAACAAUUUGAGGUUGGAGUUUUGCAAUGGCAGCUUUCUGCAACUCCUUGGCGUUCACGACAGCCGAUAUUUUGGGGUGUUCCUUGAUACUCCGUUCCAUUACCUUGCCAAUUUUGACUCCAGAUUCUGUGAAUCUUAAGAUAUUUGUUUAUUCACCAUUUUUUCUUCAAAAAAAUACGACCGCGAAAUUCGUUCAUCAAAAACACACAUAAUUUUGACUAUGCGCUAAUAAAACAAAAUAAUAAUAGCGGUACGUACCAGAUUUAAAUUUAAAGUGUUGCCUACGUAAUUGUAAAAGUUUUUUUUGACUGCGAAAAAACAGAUCAAAUUCGAAAUAAUUGUUAAAAUGUUUAUGAGAAUGCGAAAACUGGAUAAGAUUCUGAUACUGUUGUUCUUGGUUACAGCUUAAAAGCUGAAAUAGUUUAAAAGAAAAGUGCAUUCAAAGUCAAAACAUCUAUCUGUACCAGUUUUUUUUUGUUUCACUGUAUAUACAAAUGUAUGCGUUUGAGCGAUAACCGUAAAUCGUACGAAUAUUUCACAACAACGGUUUUAUUUCUAGGAUCUUAGUACAUAGCUGCAUAUAUAAAAUAAACGAAUAUCUAACAAAUACUUGACUAAAUAAAAGUAAUUGUAGAAAAAUCUAUCGAAGUACUUAAGCAGAAGGUCGAAUUUUUUACAGGACUGUAGCAAAAAAAAAGAGUUAAGGCCUUGGUUUGGUUUGAGGUGGAUUUUAUAAUGUAAUGUGUAAAAAUUAUAUGUAAGUGAAAAUAGUUAUUAAAGUGUUACAAAGUUGGCAGGUUCAUUUGUGAACGAGUGUCUAAACAGUGCUCCAUGCGGAUAAGAUUCCCUAGAAGGUUGAACAAUACUGUAACAUCUUAACUGUCAAACUGAAAAAUUAUACACAGUGUUAAGUGAAUGAAUUUAGUAUUAUGUUCAAAUGUAUAUUUAAUGUGGAGACACGUCCUUACAUUUGACAGGAUAUAAUAAGGCAUGCUUCUUUUGAAAUUGUUAAAUAUUUUAGUUUUUCUUUUUUUAAGAAUGGGUGGUAGAUAUUUUUCAUUAAGGAGUUAGACCAGCAUGAGAUUUUCACAAAAUCGAAACUUUCUUUAACUUAAUCAAUCAACUAUAAUGUGAAAUCGAACGAGGAUCAUCGAAGACUUUUCCACGUAAACACUUGAAUAAAUUAACUGUAGCUCUGCAAUAACAUUAUUUAUUAAUGGUUUCUAUUAUUGCGAUCAGAAAUUUAAUAAUUUUUUUCAAACACACCACUUAACGAAAAAUUGAUGACUUGAGUUCCUUUCUGUUGUAACGUUCCUUAGGAACAGCUUCGGCCGCAGAAAGCCCUCUUAAAAAGCGGUUUCCGAAGGCUAGCACAGCUGUCGUGCAAUAUAAAAAAUAUAAA